AUGGAAGAUUUCACGAUCUCGGAGACCGGAUCUUCAUCCCCCUCCACAUUUUCGUUGUCUGCCUCGGAUGAGCGGGACGCUGUCAACACUCCAGGCACCCAAAGAUCGGUGCUUUUCGACGACGAUGUCGGCGCGGACCCUCUCGACAUUGGGGGACCGAGUUCGCCAUUCAUUAUGGUGGUGGGAGGCCUUGGUUAUAUCGGAUCGCACACCGUUCUUGAGUUGCUCAAAGAGAACUACAACGUCCUCAUCAUCGACGAUUUGAGCAACUCGUAUGAGAGCGUUCUACAUCGGAUAAAGGCUCUGGCGGCAGAGCACUUCGCAGCGCAGGACAGGUCUAUGCCCGCCUUACAUUUCCAGCAGCUUGAUUACCGGAGCCCCUGCAUGCGGUCGGUCCUCGCCAGUUAUUCGUCAUACUCGCUCGACACGAACAAUGUCAUCUCUACACCGAUGGAAGACGUCGUGAAAGCCAUCCCCUCGCGCUUUCCAUUUUCUGCUCUCCAACGCACCGAUUCCGGCAUCGACAUGGCGCCCGCGGACGAACACGAACCGGUGUUGAGGCGGCAGUCCAGGAUAUCGGGAGUGAUCCACUUCGCUGCCUACAAGUCCGUGGAAGAGAGCAUCCGCAUGCCACUAAAGUACUACAGCAACAACGUCUGCGGGCUGGUGGAUUUCCUCGGCCUGCUCGAAGACUUCGGUAUCAAGAACUUCGUCUUCUCUUCCUCGGCUACAGUCUAUGGCGAAGGCGCGAACUGUGGCGUCCCUCUGCGCGAAGAACUCUGCGUACAUCACCACGAGUCCUUCCACGACGACGACGGGCUCGAACGCCACGUCGUCCCCGGCGUCUUGGGUCUCACCUCGCCCUACGGUCGCUCGAAGUAUAUGUGCGAAUCCAUUCUCGCCGACAUUGCGCGGUCAGACCCAUCUUGGUCCAUUACGGCCUUGAGAUAUUUCAAUCCGGUUGGGUGCCACGAGUCUGGGAUGCUUGGCGAAGAUCCUCGGCAGAAACCAAGCAACCUGAUCCCCGUGAUUGCCACAGUUUUGACCGGCACUAAGCCCGUCCUGGACAUCUUCGGUACCGACUGGAGUACUCCGGAUGGAACGGCCGUUCGAGACUUCAUCCAUGUCGUUGAUCUAGCCCGGGGACAUAUCGCCGCUCUGGCGGCUUCAGCAGCCGGCCGUAUCAAAGCCCCUUUCCGGGCUUACAAUCUCGGAACGGGAAGAGGACAUACAGUCCGCGAAGUGCUGCAGAGCCUCGAGGAAACGUCGCGCCGUACGAUACCUGUUAGAGAGGUGGGCCGGCGAGCGGGCGACGUCGGCUUCUGCGUGGCUGAGGUCCGCAGAGCAGAAACUGAGCUGGAGUGGAAGGCACAGAAGUCCCUCAGGGACUGCUCGGUUGACGUUUGGAACUUUACCAAGGGCCGGUGUCCGCAAGCUUCUGACACGAUGCAGUGCUAA